UCGGUCCCCGGAGGAGGCCGGAGCGGGCCGUGCCUGUCGUCCUGUCAGGGAUCUCUGCGAGGCUCUCAUUAGCCAGUCACGCGGGGAGGGGCGAGGUGAUCUCCCGCCCGCGGGGCCGGGGCUCUGCGGCCAUUAAACCCGUGUCCAGGGCGGUGGCGGCCGCGCUGCCUCCCGAGUCCGCCAGGAGCCAGGAGGGGUUCUCUCGGCGACCUGGAGGACGGGCCUCUACCCUGCUGAGAAAGCGAAAUCCCGCCUGAAAUUGGGGAUCCACGUCGAGAAAGAAGAUGCGCGCGCCCAUUCCAGAGCCCAAGCUUGGAGACCUGAUUGAGAUUUUCCGCCCUUUCUACAGACACUGGGCCAUCUACGUUGGUGAUGGAUAUGUGGUCCACCUGGCCCCGCCAAGUGAAAUCGCUGGGGCUGGUGCAGCCAGUGUGAUGUCUGCCCUGACGGACAAGGCCCUAAUCAAGAAGGAGCUGCUGUACGAUGUGGCUGGAAGAGACAAGUACCACGUCAACAAUAAACACGAUGACAAGUACCAGCCACUGCCUCCCAGCAAAAUUGUCCAGCGGGCAUUGGAGCUGGUGGGGCAGGAGGUGCUCUACAAGCUGACCAGCGAGAACUGCGAGCACUUCGUGAACGAGCUGCGCUACGGAAUCGCCCGCAGUGACCAGGUCAGAGAUGUCGUCAUGGCGGCAGGCAUCGCGGGCGUGGGCUUGGCGGCCAUUGGCCUCAUUGGAGUGAUGUUCUCGAGAAACAGGCGGCAAAAGCAAUAAGUUGAAGGGACUGUCCCAUCAGCAAUGACUUUAUAAAUUAAGGGGAUCUCAUUUUGUUAGAGCCUUUGGGGUCUGAUUUGUGGAUUUCAUUCUGUUUUAUAACAAGGCUUAUUUUUGCAAACUAAAAUAAAGCCCAGCAAGGGAGGAUUUUAUUGGGGAAAAUGCACAA